AUGUCAAAUGUAUUGGAGAAAAUUUGUGUGACUAUGGCAGCUGGAGAAUUACUAGUUGGGGUUUUGGUCAAUGGUUUCAUUGGAAUAGUAAACUUCAUGGACUGCAUCAAGACCAGAAAAAUAUCCUACUUAAAUUUUAUCCUCACUGGCUUAGCCAUCUCCAGAAUUGGUCUGUUAGGAAUUUUGGCAUUACAAGUCUUUUCCCUCUCAUUCUAUCAAUUCUAUCUUAAGAUCAAUUGGAGAGAUUUUAAUACAUUGUGGAUUUUGACCAACACUUCCAGUUCUUGGUUCUCUGCCUUUCUCAUUGUCUUCUACUUUCUGAAAAUUGCCAACUUUUCCCAUCCCAUCUUCCUUUGGUUAAAGUGGAGGGUAAAUAGAGGAGUCCUCAGGAUGCUCUUUGGCUGCUAUUUUCUUUCUUUUUUCGUUUGCCUUUUGUUAUCAUUGAUAAAUAAUGCUUUACACGUUCCUUUUUAUCUAGAAAAUAACAUAACCUUGACUCAGAAGAUCCAAGUACCUAAAACUUCCAUUUUUUAUUCAGUGAUACUCCUCAGUUUUGGUGGUCUUAUCCCUCUUGCUAUGUCCCUGAUCUCCUGUUUCCUGCUAGUCCUGUCACUUUGGAGGCACACUUGGCAGAUGCAACUCCAUAUCACAGGCUCCAAAGACGCCAGCAUGGAGGCACAUAUAAAGGCCAUGAAAUCCAUGAUCUCUUUUUUCUUCCUUUUUGUUCUGUAUUAUGCAUGCAUAUUGUCACUAGUCAAAAAUGAUGCAGAGAUGAAAAGGAAACCACUCCUACUUCUUAUUCUGAUAACUAUGAUCAAGUACCCCUUGGUCCACUCCAUUAUCCUUAUUUUGGGACACAGCAAGCUAAAACCCAUUGCCAUGAGGGUGCUAUGGAAGCUCAGGGUCUGUUUCAAGUGCUCUGGAAAAGGCUGA